AUGAUGGCAGUUUCAAGGACAGAACCAAACAUUCUUAUUACUGGCACCCCAGGAACUGGAAAAACUACAUUGGGGAAGGAACUCGCACUACAAUCAGGACUAAAGUUCGUCAACAUAGGAGACUAUGCCAAGGAAAAUGAGGCCUUUGAGGGAUAUGAUGAUGCCUACGAAUGCCCCAUUCUGGAUGAAGAUGCAGUCAUGGAUGGGCUUGAGGACAUCAUAUCCCAUGGAGGAGUGAUAAUCGACUAUCACGGAUGUGACUUCUUUCCCGAGAGAUGGUUUGAUGUCGUGUUUGUAUUGAGGACCAACAACACGGUGCUGUAUGACAGACUGGUGCAGAGAGGCUACUCAGGCAAGAAGUUGGAGGACAACUUACAGUGUGAAAUCUUCCAGACCAUCCUUGAAGAAGCAAAGGAAUCAUAUGCAACUCAAAUUGUACAUGAGCUUCCAAGUAACACUUGGGAUGAGAGACAUUCCAAUAUCCAGAUGAUCCUUGGAUGGAUUGAUCAGUGGAAGAAGGAUCAUGCAUAG